UGCAGCAGCCGGCUGACGAGGAGUCGUUGCCACCUCUCCACGGUCUAUCUGUCCUCCUAUACAUCUGUCGGCUUUUCCCUCCAAAUGCUGUAGUUUGUUGUCAGCAGAACAGACCGUUAAGUUUUCUGAAUAGACCCGAGGCCAACCUGAUAGAAAAGCUCAGUGAUGGCGACCUACCAGGAGUUCAUCCAACAGAAUGAGGACAGGGACGGGGUGAGAUUCAGCUGGAACCUCUGGCCCUCCAGUCGACUGGAAGCCACCAGGCUUGUGGUCCCAGUCUCCUGCCUAUUCACACCCCUGAAGGAGAGACCUGACCUGCCCCCUGUCCAAUAUGAACCAGUUAUGUGCAGCCGGGCCAACUGCAAGGCAGUGCUCAACCCGCUGUGUCAAGUUGACUUCAGAGCAAAAAUAUGGGCGUGCAACUUCUGCUUCCAGAGAAACCCAUUCCCUCCCUCCUACGCAGGCAUAUCUGAAGUAAACCAGCCAGCUGAACUCAUGCCACAGUUUUCUACUAUUGAGUACAUAGUGCAGCGUGGGCCUCCGACUCCUCUGAUCUUCCUCUAUGUGGUGGACACGUGUUUGGAAGAAGAGGACCUCCAGGCCCUCAAGGAGUCCCUUCAGAUGUCACUCAGCCUGCUGCCACCCAACGCUCUGGUGGGCCUCAUCACAUUCGGACGCAUGGUCCAGGUUCACGAGCUCAGCUGUGAAGGAAUUGCCAAGAGCUACGUGUUCAGAGGCACCAAGGACCUCUCCUCGAAACAAAUCCAGGAGAUGCUUGGUUUAACAAAGCCAGCAGCAUCAGCACAGCAGGGACGCCCAGCAGCACCUCAAGAUGCUGGAGCCUCUUGCAGGUUCCUUCAGCCUGUGCACAGAGUGGAUAUGAAUCUGACUGACUUGCUCGGUGAGCUUCAGAGAGACCCCUGGCCCGUUACUCAGGGUAAAAGGCCCCUCCGCUCCACCGGUGUUGCACUGUCUGUUGCUGUCGGACUGCUGGAGGGCACAUUCCCCAACACAGGUGCUCGUGUGAUGCUGUUUAUCGGAGGGCCCCCCACUCAGGGCCCAGGAAUGGUUGUGGGCGACGAGUUGAAAACUCCCAUCCGCUCAUGGCAUGACAUCCAGAAGGACAAUGCUCGCCACCUGAAGAAAGCCACCAAGUACUACGAAGCCAUGUCCAACCGUUCAGCAGUAAACGGACACUGCAUUGACAUCUACGCCUGUGCACUGGACCAGACCGGACUGCUGGAGAUGAAGUGCUUAUCUAAUCUCACCGGGGGCCACAUAGUGAUGGGAGACUCCUUCAACACUUCCCUGUUCAAGCAAACCUUCCAGAGGGUCUUCAGCAAAGACUACAACGGAGACUUCCGCAUGGCCUUCGGAGGCGUCCUGGAGGUCAAGACAUCAAGGGAGCUGAAGGUGUGCGGAACCAUCGGACCUUGUGUUUCACUCAACUCUAAGGGUCCCUGUGUUUCAGAGAAUGAGAUGGGCAUCGGUGGCACAAGCCAGUGGAAAGUGUGCAGUCUCAACCCCUCAACCACUUUGGGUGUCUUUUUUGAAGUGGUGAAUCAGCACAAUGCACCAGUCCCACAGGGCGGCCGAGGGGCAAUCCAGUUCGUAACCCAGUACCAGCACUCGAACACGCAGAGGAGGAUACGCGUCACCACCAUCGCCAGGAACUGGGCAGAUGCUCAAUCCCAAAUUCAGCACAUCGAGUCGUCAUUCGACCAGGAGGCAGCCGCCGUGAUCAUGGCUCGCCUGGGAGUCUUCAGAGCGGAGUCGGAGGAAGGGCCAGAUGUUCUGCGUUGGCUCGACAGGCAGCUCAUCCGCCUGUGCCAGAAGUUCGGACAGUUCAAUAAAGACGAUCCUACAUCCUUCAAACUGUCAGAGUCUCUGUCCCUUUACCCACAGUUUAUGUUCCACCUGCGGCGAUCGCCCUUCCUCCAGGUGUUUAACAACAGCCCAGAUGAGUCAUCAUAUUACAGGCACCACUUUGUCAGGCAGGACCUGACCCAGUCCCUGAUCAUGAUCCAACCCAUCCUCUACUCAUACUCCUUCCACGGACCACCAGAGCCUGUGCUCCUGGACAGUAGCAGCAUCCUGCCAGAUCGGAUCCUGCUGAUGGACACUUUCUUCCAGCUCGUUAUCUACCAUGGAGAGACCAUUGCUCAGUGGCGGAAGGCAGGCUACCAGGAAAUGGCAGAGUAUGAGAACUUCAAACAGCUGCUGCAGGCUCCUCUGGACGAUGCUCAGGAGAUCCUACAGACGCGCUUCCCCAUGCCACGGUACAUCGACACAGAGCACGGAGGCUCACAGGCUCGCUUCCUCCUCUCAAAAGUCAACCCCUCACAGACCCACAACAACCUCUACGCCUGGGGACAGGAGACAGGAGCCCCGAUCCUUACAGACGACGUCAGCUUGCAGGUCUUCAUGGACCACUUGAAGAAACUGGCAGUGUCGAGCUCUGCGUAGAUGUCCACAGAAUGGGGAAAACGCAAAGAAGAAGGAAUGAUACGAAAUUCCUGAUCAGCUAUAGGGAUCCAUUAACAUUUCCCCUGUUUUGUGAAGGAACCAAAACCCAGAGAGUCUACUGUAUGUGCUUGCUUUAUUUUUACUGUUCUCUGUCUUAAAUCAUAUGUGAUACUUCCAUCAUUCAAAAGGAACAGAACAAGGGGGGAAACUGCACAUUCCUGUAUUAAUUAAAGAAAACAAGUACAAUUUUUCUCAUUUUCAUUAACUCAUUAUUUAUAAGAAAUGUCUCCAGUACUCCAGGGCCAGACUGUCCUCAACUAAGCAAUAUGAAUUCUCUAUUUACAAUUGUAUGACUUCUUGACACGCAGAAUAAUCUGAGUACUAAUUCAUUUGUUUGUUCUCUCUUUGUCCUGAAAUGUGUACUCACUCAGACAUUUGGUUGAAAGUGCUGUUCAAUAGGACACAUAUAUAUGUUUGCUUUGUCUAUAGCUAAAGAUGACAUGUCUAGAAUAUUUCAUUAAUAAAUUAUAACGGUAGCUCUAAUGCUUGGCAAAAAAUGUUGACAGGGUGAAUCUUCACACUGGUUGUUAAUCACAAUAUAUUUGAAAGUGAAAAGGGAACAAAAAUCCAAUCCAACAUGGAUUACCUCAAGUGUUUUCCAAGAAAAUUCCCUGUGAAUAAUGAGGAUUAAUGUUCUGAGGAAUUGAAGUCAACUCAAGUGAGGCACUCGAUGACCGUUUUCAAUGACGAACAUUUAGAUUUGUUUUAACUUCAUAGGCGCUCCAUAGUUUAGUCCACUCAUCCAGUCUCAUUCACCAUCUGGUAUUUUGCACCCAAUGACUACCCAAGUGUUUUUGUAAUCUAACUUCAAUAUACUGUGCGGCUGUAUAAAUGGGACAGUUGUUUGAUUUAGAUCCUGUCUGGAUUCUUAAUGCUAUCCACAUAAAGGCCUGUCGGCACGAAACCGGA